UUAGAGUGUAUGAGUAUUGAGCGUAUAGAUAUUGCUCAGAAUAUAGACUUCUUUCUGUACUGAUUUUACCAGAUACAAGAUUAAAUUGUUAAAAUUUGGCGAUAGUAUGCGAUAGCGACGAUAGUUCAUACGUGUGUGAAUCCGUCAUCUAGGUGUUGAAUCAGUGGAACGGAGUACUUCGUGUAUUGUUAUUAGAAUUGUAUCGUUCGUACUAGUCAGAAACAAAAGCACGAAAAUGAGUAAUUCAACUAUUUCGGAUCAAACACUGAUGGACAAGUCGAUGCGGAGUGUCUUUGUCGGGAAUAUCCCGUACGAGGCUACGGAGGAGAAUCUGAAGGAUAUCUUCAGUGAGGUUGGACCGGUGCUUUCAUUCAAAUUAGUAUUUGACCGUGAGACAGGCAAGCCCAAGGGAUAUGGCUUUUGUGAAUAUAAAGAUCAGGAGACUGCUCUAAGUGCUAUGAGAAACCUAAAUGGAUAUGAAAUUGGUGGACGAACAUUACGCGUGGACAAUGCUUGCACAGAGAAAAGUCGUAUGGAAAUGCAAAGUCUCCUGCAGGGUCAGAGUACAGAGAAUCCUUAUGGAGAAGCCGUUCAGUCGGAUAAGGCACCAGAAGCGAUAAGCAAAGCUGUGGCAUCUUUGCCACCGGAACAAAUGUUUGAACUGAUGAAACAGAUGAAACUUUGUGUUCAAAAUAAUCCAAAUGAGGCACGUCAAAUGCUCCUGCAGAAUCCCCAGUUGGCGUACGCUCUGCUCCAAGCACAAGUUGUCAUGAGAAUAGUGGACCCUCAUACAGCUGUCAGUAUGUUGCACAAGGCUAAUCCUAUCCCAGGUAUACUAACACCAUCGGAGAAACCAACUCAGCAGGUACAACCACGAAUCGAGGAGCCAUGGGCACAGCGACCCCCACCACCUAUUAAUGCUCCAACACCUAUUUUCGCAGGUCAGGACGUAGAUCUCCGACUAGAGAGACAGAUAGAUCCGUGUGUAACUAGGAAGAAUCAAGAUUUGAGAGGAUCACUGGACAAGGAAUUUAAAUUAAAAAUUGAAUCCGUAAAAACAGGUCAGGACGUAGAUCUUCGACUAGACAGGCAGAUAGAUCCGCGUGUAGCUAGAUUAGAUCAAGAUUUGAGAGGAUCACCUCAAACGCAACCUGCGCCAGUCAGCGCGCCGGUGAUACCAGUCACCACCGAUCUGAGAGGGGCAAAUGCAUUUAAUAUGGCAGACAACCUACUUUCUGUGGAAGGAAUUGAGAGGUCUCAUAUACAUAUAUAUGUGUAUAUAUAUAUAUAUAUAUAGUGAUAUAUCUCAGAUUCGAGAGAUCUUAGAGAUUCCAGGCCCAUCGAUCCUAGAAUCACCAAACCUCCUCCGGCUCCUGUCGCGCCUCCGAUUGUUCCGAGACCGGUUGUUGCACCAACUGUGCCAGCAUCAAGUACUGUAACUAGCAAUACGACCGGUUCGUCUGCCGCUGCGCUUUCGCAGCCUGCGAGUUCUGCAACUUCGAGACUAGUGGCUGGAAUGUCUCCAGCGGGAAGUAUUCCCAGUGGUGCGUCUGAUCAGGAAAAGGCGGCCUUGAUAAUGCAAGUAUUGCAAUUGUCAGAUGAGCAAAUUGCAAUGCUUCCACCUGAACAGAGACAAAGUAUUCUAGUGCUAAAGGAACAGAUUGCAAAAAGUACACAACGUUAAUGUAAAAUCUCUAAUGUUUUCUGCACACAGAACGCGGCAACGUUUGCCAUGUGAUGGAAAUUAGCGAUAGCCAAUAAAGUUUUCCAUUUUUGUAAAAAAGCGGUAAACUUAAUUGGUUACCAUGCCAAUUUCCGCCGCGCGACAAGUGUUGCUGCAUCCUGUGUGCAGAAGCCAUAAGGAUUCUGAAUUUAAUGCAGUAUAUAUCAAAUCAAAGUGUGAUGUACGAUGGAUUUCUACAAAAUAAGAUUUUACAAGAACA